AUGUUCAUCUAUCUAUCUAUCUAUCUAAUAUUGUUCAUCAUCUAUCUAUCUAUCUAUCUAUAUGUUGUGUCAAGUUUCAACACUAUCUAUCUAAUUAUGUUCAUCUAUCUAUCUAUCUAUCUAUCUAAUAUUGUUCAUCAUCUAUCUAUCUAUCUAUCUAUCUAUCUAUCUAUCUAUCUGUUGUGUUUCAACACUAUCUAUCUAAUUAUGUUCAUCUAUCUAUCUAUCUAUCUAUCUAAUAUUGUUCAUCAUCUAUCUAUCUAUCUAUCUAUCUAUCUAUCUAUCUAUAUGUUGUGUUUCAACACUAUCUAUCUAAUUAUGUUCAUCUAUCUAUCUAUCUAUCUAUCUAAUAUUGUUCAUCAUCUAUCUAUCUAUCUAUCUAUCUAUCUAUCUGUUGUGUCAAGUUUCAACACUAUCUAUCUAAUUAUGUUCAUCUAUCUAUCUAUCUAUCUAUCUAAUAUUGUUCAUCAUCUAUCUAUCUAUCUAUCUAUCUAUCUAUCUGUUGUGUCAAGUUUCAACACUAUCUAUCUAAUUAUGUUCAUCUAUCUAUCUAUCUAUCUAUCUAAUAUUUUCAUCUAUCUAUCAUUCAUCUAUCAUUAUCUAUCUAUCUAUCUAUAUGUUGUGGAAUAUCUAUUUUGUGUUGCAUUAUUAUUUGCAUUAGUCAAUGUUCAUCUAUCUAAUUAUGUUCAUCUAUCUAUCUAUCUAUCUAUCUAUCUAUCUAUCUAUCUAUCUAUCUAUCUAAUAUUGUUCAUCAUCUAUCUAUCUAUCUAUCUGUUGUGUUUCAACACUAUCUAUCUAAUUAUGUUCAUCUAUUUAUCUAUCUAUCUAUCUAAUAUUGUUCAUCAUCUAUCUAUCUAUCUAUCUAUCUAUAUGUUGUGGUAG